AUGGCGCGAACACGAGGGGCUAAAUCUUCAUCUCCUUCGAAUCGCAAGAAGAGUCUGCGAAAGGAGCCAGUUCCAAAUUCUGCUCCAAAGCCUUCGCAGCCGAAAACAAUUCCUCCUCCGGUGAAGCCAGCGCCGCCAAAGCCUCUGGCAAAACGUUACCUUACCAGGUCAGGAGGUCGUACACUGCAAAAGAGACCCAGGGUGCAGAGCUCAGAACCCAUCGAUUUGAAUGAGCAAUCUCCAGAGCCUUCACCAAUUCCAUCACCGGUUCCAACUCCAGUUCCCUCGCCGAGUCCCGUGUCAGUUCCGUCGUCGGUGCCAUCUCCGGCGCUGCAAGAAAAAUCUCAAGAGCCUCAAGCGCCACUUCCUGAGCCCCAAAUUCCAUCAAAAACAGCUCUGGAAGAAGUAAUCAGGCGGCCAAUGCUACCUCAGCCCCCAAUUGAGGGAAACUUGGAUUGUAGAGCUCGGCCAUUCCAUUCCGAGCUAUGCUUCGACUUACCGGCAUUUAGAGUGAGGCCGGAGCUUGCCCAAUCAUUCCAACUGCUGAGGAGGACCCGAGGGGCCUUUGCGGCCCCUUCACAGAGUUGCACUCCGAGGCAGAGAGCCUCCUCUGCUCGGGUGCCUCGUGGUUCUCCAUCUCAGGCCACGGAGGCCCCGUAG